CACACGUCCCGUCCUGCAGCCGUGACAGGACAGCGAGAGCGGCACAAAGGUGAAGCCUCGUCCAGAGGAUGAUGGCGUCUACUGGCUCCAACAAGCACAAACGCCGGGCACCGGAGGCCGGCGCCUCUCAGAGGCUGCUGGACUCCGGACCCGUCCAGAACCUGAAGCUGAAGGAGCGGCAGCGCUUGUCGGAGGACGGGGAACGGCCGCCGUCUGCACAUCUGCAGGUCGACUGCAGGAAGCCGCCCAUGGGCAGCAUCUCGUCCAUGGAGGUGAACGUGGACCUGCUGGAGCAGAUGGACCUGAUGGACCUGAUGGACGUCUCCGACCACGAGGCUCUCGACGUGUUUCUCAGUGAGGGAGCGCGAGUUUCGCCUCCAGAUGCUGAGGAGGAGGAGGAGGAGGAGGAGGAGGACGGGGUCCACAGAGAGCGUGCUCCUGGGAGGAGGCAGCCUGAAGUGAGCUGCGGCUCGCGCCGCUCCUUCUCCACCUCGUCGGGCUGCAGCGACACCAGCGCAGGCGGAGCCGAGACGCCUGUGAUCCAGUCGGACGACGAGGAGGUCCACGCAGACAACGUGCUUCUGACCUCCGUCCCCCAAAGCCGCGACCAAGAAACGGACGAGGAAGAUGAAGCAGGACGAUGCAGCCAGUCGGUGUAACGGUGUGGCUGCCUCCCUCCAGCCCAGCACGGUUCUUAAACACCUCCUUUUUCCUAUACAUGACAGGCACUUGUUGAAAUUCUUGGCGAUGGUGUCAUUCGACCUGGCGUUAUAUGCAAAUGAUGUGAGUCACAAGUGUUGCUCUCGCUGCCAAAGGCCAGAACAGGGAAAUCCUAGCU